UCGACGCACAGCUCAUAUUCGUAUCAACUUUUGAUUCAACCGCAAAUGGCCAGUAGCGCGUUCAACAAUCAUUGUCCUCUUCGCGAUCAAGCGCCGCAGUGUAACAAUGUGCUCAGCGGGGCGGCCGAGAUGCCGCUGCCGACCUACGAGGAGGCUGUCGGCAUCAAGCCGGUCCACGUACUGACUCCGGUCGGGCCGAUGACGACGACCCUGCCCGCGUCUUACAAUAACGUAGAGGCGGGCCAUGUCGUCUACGAGGACGAGGCUGCGGCCCGGCAACACGUGACAGUUCUGGUGAACAACGAGAACGAGAGACACAUGCGCAACACAAGGAGAAGAGUCAUUGCACUGCUUUUGUUCUUGGUCGUUGUGUCCAUACCAAUCGCUAUCAUACUCGUGAUGACCACCACGAGCUAUUGGUCAUUCGCUCAAGACCGUGAAGCUCACAACAAGGACUCGCCGUUCGAGAACACGUCGCCGUACAAGGAUUCAUUCACGAUGCACCGAAAUUAAGGGAGGCACCGUGUCGCAAUAUAUACGUGGUAGUAUAUAUAUGGAGCGGUUCGCACGCGCCAUCGAUUUUCAUUGCCUUGUGAAAAAAAAUCUGCGGGAAUGACAGCCGUAACUGAUCCGUGACUCAUGAUAGAUAGAGCAGACGAAACGACACAGUAUUUUUUUGUUUUGUUCUUAAGAUAAGGAGGAAAAGAUCGGGGGGCCGAUAUCAACGUUGCGAGAGAGAAUUGUUCGCGUUGUUGUUAUAACUUUUUUUUCGAUUGCUGUUAAGUUUAGAAAAUUAAGUUAACGAGCACCUUAGGAUAGGGAAAUAUUUUGUUUAACAGUCAUGUUUGUAAAGUGAUAUAUUUGUGUAUUAAUUUCGCAUUAUUAUUAUAAUAGUUCUUGUGAAUGUGUACAUUUUAUUUUUUAGUCAGAAACAAAGAAACAAAU